UUAUUAAAUAUAAUAUUUAAAAAAGAAAAAAACUUUGAAAAAAAAUAAUGUUUUUUUAGUCGUGCUUUUGAUGCCGUAACUGGUAAAGAUGUAGCUAUUAAAAAAAUGCUUCGACCAUUUCAAAGUGAAACACAUGCUAAACGAACAUAUAGAGAACUUAAAUUAUUAAUGCAUCUUAAUCAUCGUGAUGCCCAAGUUGUACAAUUAUACAAUGUAUUUACACCGGAAAAAAAUGUUAAUGAUUUUCAAACAUUAUAUUUUGUACUUAAUUUUGUUGAUUAUGAUUUAAGUAAAGUAAUUAAACGUGGAAAACCAUUUACAGAAGAUCAUAUUAAAUUAUUAAUUUAUUCACUUCUUCGUGGUUUGAAAUUUAUUCAUUCAGCUGGUGUUAUUCAUCGUGAUUUAAAACCAACUAAUAUUGGAAUAAGUCAAAAUUCUGAUCUUACUAUUCUUGAUUUUGGUCUAGCUCGUGUUGCAACAAAUGGUCUUCAAACAGGUUAUGUUGCAACAAGAUGGUGGCGUGCACCUGAAGUUUUUAUUAAUUGGGAACGUUAUGAUGAAAAAGUUGACAUAUGGUCUGUUGGUUGUAUUAUGGCUGAAUUAAUUCUUCUUAAACCACUUUUUGCUGGAACAGAUCAUAUUGAUCAAUUAACGAAAAUAUUUGAUGUUGUUGGAACACCUGAUUUAGCUACUUUAGAUGAAGUUUGUGAACCAUAUGCACGAGAUUAUAUUCAUAAAUUAACAACAAGACCUAAACAAGAUUAUAAAAAAUUAUU